AUAAUCAAUUUCUUUCUUCAAUUCAACAAGCAUAGCAAAUUGCUAUGAUUACUCUGAGAAUCAGAAGAAGAAACCUUGGUGAACAAAAUCCCUAGUUUUGGGAUGAUGUUUCCACGUCUACGAUUGACGAAGGUCUUCUUCUCCCCGAUCCUCGCCGGCAAAUGGAUCGUCUUUGCCGACGGUAGCAGCGGUGGCGGCGCCGGUAGAAAUGGCUACUACGGCGGCUUAUGGUCGUCGGCUAUUGUUCCUUCCAAUGUUGGUUUAGCUGUCGCUGUCACCGUCAUGGCCGUGGCCGUUGCUUUCACCGUCUACUCUCGUAGAGGAGGCAUUGGAUCACCUUGGUCACUGAGGAGAAGAAAGCGUGUUCUUCAACCUAAGCAGUGGAAUGCUUUUUUCACAGAGGAAGGGCGACUCAGUGAUGGAGGUGCAUUUCUGAAGAAAGUUCGUAGUGGGGGUGUACAUCCAAGCAUUAGACCAGAAGUUUGGCCGUUUCUCCUUGGAGUGUAUGAUUUAAACAGCACCAAAGGAAGAGACUCUAUUCGACAACUGAAACAGACGGAAUAUGAAAACCUGCGGAGACAGUGUCGUGAGAUUCAUGAACGCAAUGAAAAUGGCUGCGACUCAAAGCAGACAGCUCAGAGCAGCAACACUGAAGACAGUCAGGUUCUUGAUUCCCAUGAUAUUGAGGAAGUCGAGAGUUCCACAAGAUCCAUCACCGUAGAAGAAUCAGAGAAGUUGAAUUCUGAAUCGAUUAUGCAGGAUGAGAUCUGUGAAAAGAGCGAUAUCACCACUGACGAUGCUGCUGGUAAUGACUCAGACUCAACCAACCCUGACGAAACCGAGACUUCACCUCUUCUAGCUAACGAAGAAGUAGAAAGCCACAAUACUGUUAACCAAGAAAAAGACAAUUCGUCUCCAUCAUCAAAGCCAAAAUCUCAGGCAGCGGAGGAGGAUUUCAUGUCAACGUGGCAGAGAAUUAUUCGCCUAGAUGCCGUGAGAGCAAAUGACGAAUGGGUGCCCUACUCACCGUCUCAAGCUGCUGUUUCUGAGACAAAAGCCCGAGGAAUAGCCAUACAGGUUGGUCUCAAUGACUAUGACCACUUGGAACCCUGCCGGAUAUUCCAUGCAGCCCGCCUGGUCGGUAUCCUUGAAGCCUACGCAGUCUACGAUCCAGAAAUCGGUUACUGUCAAGGAAUGAGCGACUUACUAUCUCCUUUAAUCGCAGUGAUGGAAGAUGACGUCUUAGCAUUCUGGUGCUUUGUCGGGUUCAUGAGUAAAGCAAGGCAUAAUUUCCGGCUAGACGAGGUUGGAAUCAGGCGACAACUCUCAAUGGUAUCGAAAAUCAUUAAAGUUAAAGACAUUCACUUGUACCGACACUUGGAGAACCUUGAAGCAGCAGACUGCUUCUUUGUAUACCGUAUGGUGGUAGUUCUGUUCAGACGAGAACUAACCUUUGAGCAGACGCUGUGUCUCUGGGAAGUAAUGUGGGCGGAUCAAGCCGCAAUAAGAACUGGGAUUGCAAAGGCGACUUCUGGGAGAAUCCGGUUACGAGCACCACCAACAGAAGAUUUGUUACUUUAUGCGAUAGCAGCGAGUGUGUUGCAGAGGAGAAAAACAAUCAUAGAGAAAUACAGUGGGAUGGAUGAGAUAAUGAAGGAAUGUAACAGCAUGGCUGGUCAUCUUGAUGUUUGGAAACUUCUAGACGAUGCUCAUGACUUAGUCGUCAAACUUCACGACAAGAUCUAAGACUUAUAUCUCUCACUCUUGUUCUAUCUCUUACUUGUUUGUUGCACUCUUUGUUAUUGUUACAUAAAAUGUGAUAAAAUAAAAUAAAAAACACAUCGUCCUAAAA